AUGUCAUCACCACGCCAUUUUGGCACUAUUUCCUCCCCAAAUCAUGUCGGCACGCCUACCGAGCAGGAUCCCUCAGCAAUCAGGGGCGCUUCUUCACAGAGCAAGCCGAUUCGGCUAGCCUUAGCCUGCAACCAGUGUCGAAAGCGGAAGGUUCGCUGUGACGCCCAGCAGCCGAAAUGCCGUAACUGCAGUGUCAGAGGCGACACAUGUGAAACGUCGGACCCCCGAAAGUCGAGCCACCUCCCUGCUGUCCGCCGACGAGCUGCCAAACGCUGGCAGUCAAAGACUCGGCAGCAAGUAGCCCCUACUCCGUCACCGGCCCACCUCUCGCCGGUCGCGCUCCAGCUCCCUGCAGCUACUCCAGACGCAGGGAGCACUAUCAAUUCGGUGCUGAACCCGAUCGGCCCUGCCCCGAGAACCCUGCUGGGUCAGGAUUCGCCGGAUGCAAGAGAUGCCACCCGAAGUUCCGCUUUACCCGGAUCAUCCGCGAGCCCAGCUCUCUCAUCCUCAUGCACAAACAAAAGUGAGAGACUAGGAGAAAACCACUUUUCAUGGCAGUCUAGGGCAUACCAGGAGAGCACUGCCGCUCAAAUUCAAGAUGGUCGACCGGGACUUCAUAUGAUAGGGCAGGGUGCCACUGAGACCCCAUUUACACAGGAUGAGGCAGUCAACACGGAUAGUACAGAAGAGAGAGUCAAGGUGAGUGAUGGUCAUUCCUUUCGGCGUUAUCAAAACUCCUUUCUGACGUUUUAUGACAUUCAGCACGUUGGUGCUAGCAGUGUGCAGUGCCUCUUCAAUUUUGUCGACCUGCAUCUCGCAAGGUACGGUUUUAGCCAGGCCGCUCCAUUAUUUAGACAUGGCAUGUCACACACGGAAGAAUUUCCUAUGCCUCUCAUACCCGAGCUAUCACUGCUGCCGGACCGUCAAUGCCUGACUACCUACACUGAUGCCUUCUUUGCACGAUUGUGGCCAAUCUACCCCGUUGUCGACCAAGCGACCUUCAAAGCAGACAUCGCGACGAUUUUCGCAUUGCAGGAGGCUGGGGCCGAAGCAUGGCAGAAAAAAGUUACACUUGCUCAGGUUCCUGCUCUUGUUAGUGCGUAUGCAAUUAUUUCACUGGGUAUGAACGAGACAUCCGAUGACUCAGAACUGAGCUUCGAAUGCCUUAUAGCCAGCCACAGUCUUCAUGGACAUCUAACCGCCUUACCGUAUCUGACGAGCGUGCAAGCUCUAUUCCUUUUGUCUCUUGCAUUGAGAGCCUUUGCGAAGGAUGGCCAGGCGUGGCAUAUUCUCGGGCAUGCAAUCCGGGUGGCCCAAUCCAUCGGACUACAUAAAGCAGCUACAAAUGCGUCUGAACAGAAGUUCACACUUGGGCCUGGCUCACAAUCUCUACAAGAACGGGUCUGGUGGUCCUGCUUCGCCUUGGAGAAGCUCAUGCAGCUAGAGUGCGGUAGACCAUCCAUCAUUGACAGAAGCUAUGAUUCCGUCUAUUUCGACUAUCAAACUGACAAGAAUGCGGAUCAGAACAUCCCGUACUUCAGCGCAUGGAUUGCAUUGAGUACAAUCAUGGGUCGAAUCUCGAACCGUCUAUACUCACACAGGUUUCAGGGCGGAUCCGCUGAGAUGCUCAGCGAGGUUGCAAAACUAGACCAGGAGCUUUUGGAGUGGGGGAAUUCAUUACCACAUACGCUGAAGCCCUGGAACACAUCUACGAACUAUUCGAAGGAUGAGCAUAAGCUCAUUUCAGCCUUUCUUUCCCAACAGUAUUACCACGUCAGUCGCCUGAAACCCAGUACGGUAAAAUUAAUACUAAGCAAACAACAGGCGCAGCUCAGUGUCAUGCGCUUUGCGGUCAUCUUUCCACAGAAAAGCAUUGACCGAGAAGUCUCGAAGAACAAGGAUGAUUUGCCAAGCCACUCCCGCCUCUUGAAUGGAGCAUCAAUCUGCGCAAGUGCAGCAAGAUCCAUCAUAACCCAGUCUCUUGAAAUGGCCGACAGCCGUUUGCAAUCCGCCCUGCUUGCGGCUCCUCCUACCUAUUUAGCCGCAGUAGUCCUCGCUCUCGGCGUUCUUCGACAGCCAAACAACAGACUUGUUAGGUCGGACGUUGAGCUUUUGGCCUCUGCCACCGAGAUUGUAGAGACCUGGUAUCUUCAACGUGGCUUUGAGCUUACUUUCACCCAAACAUGCACGCACCUGCGCGAACGAGUUGUCUCCAUAUUUCAGCGGUCCGACGGCAGCAUUCGAAAACCUGUCAUGGACAUUCCUAGAGGGCUUGGUGCCGAGACGACUGCUGGACAGCAAGAGCGACAAGAAGUCCCAAGAACAGGUGAACAUCUAAUAUCGCAACACGGUCCCCAAUAUUUUGAGAGAUCGGGUCCGAUCGAUGAGACGUCUGAUCCUUUUGGGAACUUUGAGUUCGAGGACUUAUGGAACAUGACAGACAUGAAUUUUAUGGCCUAUGAAGAAAAUCAAUUUGUUACACAAUAG